UUGGCUGUGAACUUUUACAGGACUGAAUAUUCUUUGUGUUCGUAUGCAAAAAAAAUUUUGCAUUUGCUUUGGAAAGACCAGCCUUCUCUACCGUUUUCAAUCGCGACCACAAUAGUGACCUGUCUCUCGACGGUUACCGAGGUGUUAAGUGGCGGUGCUGUGCUGGUGGAGCCGAGUAGAGCCGAGCCGAGGCGAGCUGCCCUCCCUCAAUUACCUCCGCUAGCCAAGCCACUCACAGCGAUCAAUUUUGUGGAUGCUACCAAACAUGGUUUUCGAAUUGUUCUUCUCGACUCAUUUCUAGACGCUUAUCUCGCACCAAUUAAGAUUCCAACAGUAUUUAUCACAGCCAUACCUCUAAGAGCUGAUGAAGCUGCCACUAUCAAAAUAUUUUAUCCAGACAAUAUCCGAGAUGAUAAGCAGGUGAGCAUAUCAGAUUUAAAAGAGCGCCAAUGGUAUUAUGUCUGUGUUGAGUGGGAAAAUUUUAAUCGUCAUAAUGAAUCUACCGGAACUGAUUGCCGAAUUUUGCGCACGUUAGAUCGUUUCGGUAAAAGCGCUGAAACUAGCGUAAAUGACGUAGAAAUUACUGACAUUUCAUCAACAACGAUGCAAUUUCGAAUCCGAUCACUAGUGGAAUUUCCGAUUAGGUUGACAGCUUCGCUGAAAAGUCCUUCAACAGCGUUAACAGCAUCUCAAACGUUUGUCUUUCGAGAGUCAACCGAUUUAGACGUAUUUUUUCCAUUUCUAAAAGAAGAUACCGAUUACGGAAAACUUUGCAUCACUGAACAACCGCUCGUGACCGGAUAUACUACGAUGGGACGAUUGAUUAGUGAUAUGUUCAUUGAAAAGUGUUAUUUUGGCAAACUCAGAACGAAGGAUUAUGAGUUAUCUACGUUUGACAUGGAGACCAGCGCAUAUAGACGUGGAGCUUCAUCGACAACCUUAAACCUUUUCAUUUUCUUUUUACUACUGUCUCUAACAAGUUUUCAUGUUAGUUUUCUGACCAGGUGA